AUAACAUAUUAUAAAAUGGACGGUGGCUCUUACAGUUUUGAGUUGAAUGUUUUUUUGUUUUCCAGAAAGUUCUGGCCAGUUUCUGUCUCUGUACUGGGAAAGAAAAAGCAGGUCUUGCCUAGUACUAAAGAUGCAUGCUUUGCCACUGCUGUUGAAACCCUGCAACAGAUCAGCACAGCGUUCACUCCCUCAGACAAGUUGCAAGUGAUACAGCUGACCUUUGAGGAGGUCACUCAGGAAGUGCAGGCUCUGCUUGGGAAAGAGUUUCUGUGGUGCAUGGAUGACCUCUUUCCGAUCUUCCUCUAUGUGGUGCUCCGCGCACGGAUCAGAAACCUGGGCUCUGAAGUGAGUCUGAUAGAGGACCUAACAGACGGCAGUCUACAGCUGGGACAGCUUGGAUUCAUGUUAACAACUCUCAAAGCCUGCUACAACCAGAUUCAGCUUGAGAAGACGACAUAGGAGGGAUUGUUUUGCGAAGAGUGCAGCCACAGCUUUGCCAACUUGCGCACAGUUUUACAGAGCCAUUUAAAGAGACACGGAUUAGAGGUCAAGGCAAGAUGUGCUCAUUUAUUUCAGGUCUCAAAAAUAAGCUCACUUUCCACUCAUCUCCCUUAAGCACUGUUCUACAGAGAUUACUUCAAUUGUUAUAACUACUGAGACUCUCACAUUGACCAUCUGACUGCCAGCACAGUUACCCCUUGAAGAAACAUGUACAUUUCAACACCCAUAUUACAUGGACAGAAAAGUUUUCUGUUUUAUAUAAGAUCGCAGAAUAAGCACUCAACAGGUGUCACAAGGUUAUUACAUGCAGUUUCAGUAAUAACUGACAGUCAUAUUGCUAUAUAUUAUAUUCUAUUAUUAGCAUUCUGUCUCUGGCUUAUAUACUGAUACUCAAACUAAUGAUGAUACUCUGAUUUUAAAAUAAUCAGAUGAAACUAUGUAACUUUAUCGGAGCAGUGCUCAUGUGACACAAAAACAAUGGGGUUUUUUGAAUGAAUUAUCUCAGAUUGACAGUAACGUGAACAAAUAUAUCUACUCUAUAUAGAACUAAUCAACUAAAACCACGCUUAUUUAUAUAAGCAACAGCGAUAAACAGAAGUAUUUAAAUAUUUUGUUAUAGAAAACCCAUACAUACAAACAUAAACUACUGUUGAAACAUUUGAGGUCAGUAAGAUUUUUUUUAAUGUUUUUGAAGUCUCUUAUGCAUACCAAGGCAGCAUGUGUUUG